AGACCCAUGGACUAGCGCACUGCUGGACGGCUGGACCAUGGCUGCUAAAGAGGAUCUCUACAGCAAAAUCCUCCCACGGAGGCUCCGGCAGAACCGGCUGGGCUCGGUGAAAUGCGGCUCCAACCUGGACGUGCUGUUAUCCAUGGGCUUCCCCAGACCAAGGGCGCUGAAAGCGCUCGUAUCAACGGGAGGCCGGAGUGUGCAAGCAGCAUGUGACUGGCUGUUCUCCCACGUGGACGACCCGUUCCUGGACGACCCGCUGCCCAGGGAGUUUGUCCUGUACCUGCGACCCAGCGGGCCGCUACAGAACCAGCUCUCCCACUUUUGGCAACAGAGUCGGGUCACUUGUGGCAAAAACAAAGCCCACAACAUUUUCCCCCACAUCACCCUCUGUCAGUUCUUUAUGUGUGCAGACCAGAAAGUGGAGGCCCUGUGUGAAGCCCUCCAGUCCACUGUAGCCCAGUGGAGGGGCCGAUUUCCCAGCCCCCUCCCCCUGGAGCUCUACACGUCUUCCAACUUCAUCGGUCUCUUUGUGGAGGAGCAGAUCGCUGACGUCCUCAAGCAGUUUGCAGCAGACUUUGCCUCAGACGCUGCCAGGAAGGCAGAAGUCCAUGUGGAGCCUCACAAGAAACAGCUGCAUGUAACUCUGGCCUACCACUUCCCCACUGAUCACCUCCCCUCUCUGGAGAAACUGGCCAAAGGGAUCGAAGUGAAGCUCGGCUGCGACUGGCUGGCUGUCCUCUUCUCUCGGGACAUUCGCUUUGCCAACCAUGAGACCCUGCGGGUGAUGUACCCUUACAUGCCACAGAAUGAGGAUGAGUUGGAGCUCGUUCCUGGCGACUUUGUCUUCAUGUCUCCAGUCGACCAGAGUAGUGCCAGUGAAGGUUGGGUGUAUGGGACCUCCCUGGCCACCGGGCUGUCUGGCCUGCUGCCUGAGAACUAUGUCACCCGGGCCGACGAAUCCGACACCUGGGUCUUCCAUGGAUCCCAUUCGUUCUUCAGCUGCGGGCCCUCCAACAAGAGCAGCAGGGACAGAGGGAUGUUUGAUGGACUGCUGGACAGCCGACGCCCCGAUAACACGAGUCCUGGAGACACACCCACCCUCAGCCUCAUAUGCCACCCAAUGCAGGUCCUGCGGAUCAGCAGCGGGCAGUCUCGGCAACCCAAGCGAACUCUGUUUGUGUGUCGGCACGGUGAGAGGAUGGAUGUGGUUUUUGGCAAACAUUGGCUCUCCCUCUGCUCAGACAGUAAAGGAAGAUAUGUGCGCUCCAAUCUGAACAUGCCUCCCAGUUUGCCGCUGUGGGCCGCGGGACAGAGAGACUACAACAUGGACGCUCCCAUCACCGUGUUGGGAUCCACACAGGCGCAAGUCGUGGGCGAGGCCCUGCUGGAGAGCAACACAGUGAUAGACUUUGUGUACUGCUCUCCCUCACUGAGGUGUGUCCAGACUGCACAGAACAUCCUCAAAGGUAUGCAGCAAGAUGGCAAGCUGAAGGUGCGUGUGGAGCCGGGGCUUUUUGAAUGGACCAAGUGGGUUUCUGGGAACUCGCUGCCUGCAUGGAUACCUCCCACAGAGCUGGCUGCAGCCCACUUCAGUGUGGACACAACGUACAGACCUCUGAUCCCAGUCAGCAAGCUCACAGUGUCCGAGUCCUACGAGAACUACAUCAGCCGGAGCUACCAAGUGACCAAAGACAUCCUGUCAGACUGCAAAAACACUGGAAACAACGUGCUGAUUGUGGCCCACGCGUCUUCCCUGGAGGCCUGCACGCGCCAGCUGCAGGGCCGCAGCCCACAGAGCUCCAAGGACUUCAUCCAAGUCGUCCGAAAGAUCCCCUACCUGGGUUUCUGUUCCUGUGAGGAGCAGGGUGACACGGGGGUGUGGCAGUUAGCGGACCCUCCCAUCCUCCCCCUCACACACGGGCCGAACCACACCUUUGACUGGAGGGAGACGCUGCUGCAGGAAUGACGUCUGCCCCCCUCCCCCCCGGACUCCCGCCACCAGAUCGCACCGCACUCCCGCAGACUGCAGGGACAGUUUCGGCCUCGUGUCCCCCACAUACUGGAGCUUUGAAGGGUGUGUCGCCUUCAUGUACACAUUCUGGCAUUAAAGCAGCUUCUGCCUGGAGUUGAAGAGCCUUAUCCCAGCCUUGAGAACGACUGGGCAUCUCUCUGGAUCUGUCUUUCAUUACGUGUGCUGUUGACAGUAUUGUAUAGUGCACCAAGAACAAAGGAGGUGGGGCAUUGGUUGGGGCAGUGUGGCUAGCUGUUAGGUGUGCUUUGACUGGAAUCUAGUUUAUACCUUGAUCUUGGCUGUAGUUUGACUGUUCCAGCGAUAUGGUUUGCUCAGCCAGGUCUCAGGAAAUUUUGUGGAAAAAGUGUGGCGUUUUAAAUUGUAAAUAAUGUGCUCUGUGCAUGAAAAGUGCUAGAAAUACGUCUCUCCCACCAGGAAAGGAUUAGGUGGAGAGACACGACUUGAAACAGUUCUGGCAGCGGUUUGACAUUGAAACAGCAGGGGGAAAAGUAAAGUGUGGAGGUGUGUACCCAACUCGUGACAACAAGUUUACUUUCUCUUAAGCUGUAACCUAUCUUUAGUUCCUUUAGUUCCCUAACCUCAACCAAAGUUAUGUCUCUUCUCAAAACAUAAAGGAUCAUACCAGUGAUCUUAAAUGUUUGGCCUAUUAACUACAGUUUCCCCACAUUUUACAUCGCAUUAAACUAUUAUGCAAAUCAUGCACGGAUGCCCUCACUCUGAUAAUGUUCUGUUUCUGCGACUAACAAAGUUUCACCAUUCAUAAACCACAGAAGUGAUAACUGGUUGUGUAAAGCAAAUGUUUCCCCGGGGACUAUUUUCUGGUGGUGACACCGUUUCACUCCGCCCAAAUUUCAAAUCGUCAAAACACAACUGUGCUGCUGCUUUUAGGAAAACUGAUGUGGGGGGGGGGCUUUAUUAUGGUGAUGGAAAACUGGUGUGAAAAAAGUUUGAUGUCUCUGAAAGUUAAUUUUCAUAUCGUAGUGGAAUGAAUGGAAAUUUCAUCAUUUUGACAUGAACUCGCAUGUAAACACAGGCGUUACCAAAGAAAUUAGUUAAGUUUCUGUUCCAUUCAGGUCUAACAGAGCCAGGGCCCUGGCAUUGGUCAUGCUCAUUGGAGAGACUGCCAUAAUAAAUGUAACGGAUCCUUAAUUCGAUUAGUAACAGCUGUGUUUACCCUGCUUUUUCAUGUCAAAACGGCUGCCAUGAAAGAGGACUAGAUAUACAUUUUGUAGAUCUUACCCUAAAAAUGCACAGUCACUGGUAUGGUCCUUCAAAAAUCAGCCGACCUUUUCAAAUGGCCAAGAGGUUAAAAUGAUGUCCAAGUCAAGCUUUGCAACAUAAUCCUUUCAUAGUGGAGGAACAUUACCGUCACGUUAUUCUUGCCUAAAAAUCUGCGUUUCAGAGUUUGUGCACAUUUCACAAAGUUUCAUGAGACUGCAGCGCUGUGUAAGAGCAGUGCUGACCCUAACCCAAUGCUUCAAAAACCCCACACACGUGUUGCUGACUCCAUCCUCAACACGAGUCACAAGGCUCCUGACCUGAAUAAAACACAGAGGGGGUCGCUUAUCUUUGAAAAGCAAUGGCAUCCUUUGUCCUGCUCGCCUUCGUUCCCAGUGGAUGAGGGAAAACCGCAUCAGCGCCGGCUCUUCGUUGGGGAGUUUCCCGAUGCUAGUCGCAUAAUAUGGUCACACACACCCUUUUCCCUGUUUUGGCAUCAUACAGUACAGCAAUGUGUUUUAUCACCAUGGAUAUGAAAAGAAAACCGUCGCAGCAUCAAUAGCACAAAAUGCACUAUUGACAAUCAUCUAGUAGCUUCUUGAUUCUGGUCCAGCAGUCAGGCAUCGCCUUUUACGUGUGUUGAUUUGUUGUCUGUGUUAUGAAGGAUUUGGAGUAGCUGUAAAUAAUCAUAUUUUGGACAAAAAAAAAAAAAAGUCUUCCAGUUGAUUUUUAUUUAUUGAUACCAUUCUCCCGCAGAUGUAAACUUACAUUUUAAAACCAAGCGGAUCAUCCCUGUUAAUAGCAUGCAAUGAAUUAUGCACUGUAUCUCAGGUGUUAACUGCAUCUAGCACAUAUAUGCAGCAUUGAACCAUGUUUCAUUGAUUGGGUUUACUGUGCUAUUGUGAGUGCCUCUUCAAAAUUGAAGUGAUGUCUCCUGAUGUACCGACUGCCAAAUAGUAGCUACUGAUGUUCACAUGUCAAGUUGCAAACUCCAUGGAAAUGUUUCGUUUGUUCUGAUGCGUUGUAAGUCACAUCCUAUCAGGAGGUCCUGAUAAUCACAGUUUGUCGACCUGUGCUUAAUACACACCGUUGUUCUCAAAGCAGCUAUGUACAAUGCCAAGGCUACUCUCAGCACAGCCUCACUGAUUGAUCCCUCUCAGAGAUAUUUCACCGCUUGAAGUAGUUAAAACUGUUUCCCGUCUGUGGUGUCACUUUCUUACAAAUCUGUCUAAAUGGGAUUGAAGCCAUACGAUGGACACACUCACUCACAGGGCUUGAAUAUUAUUCCCUUCUGGGUGGCAUUUGAGUCCGGUUUCUUAAAGCUGCACAAGGUGACAUUGUUCAGACGAAAAUAAUAAUAAUAAUAAUAAUAAUAAUACCACAGUAGGGCAUCUCCAUUUGCCCAAAUGAAAUUUCUGGUGUCAGGUAUGCUCAUUGGCAGGAUGUACUGUUGUCAACCAAUCAGGUUCCAGAAUUGUGAGGACUUGAUCUUCAAAUUCAAUCAGACUAAAUCAGCAUUUAACUAAACUACAUUUACUGGCAAAACAAUGUAAUCCUUAUUAUGGGUUGUUGUAUAUUUGAAUACAAAAUUAAAUAAUAUGGGACCAUUAAAGUUAGUGUUGUAUAAAAGCAGCUUUAAUGGUUAGGUUGGUGUAGUAACUUUUAUAAAAACAUCAAGAUCACAGCAAGAUAAUUCAUUUUGUCCUGUUUUCUUGGUCUGCAAGCCAUGAUCAAUAUUGUAAAAUGCAGUUCACUGUCUGUUUUCUGAAGUGUUGCUGUUGCUAUGCAACGGCUGACACCGAGAGGCAGCGCUACACCAGUUGGGGGGAAACCAAACGUUGCUACCACAGGCAAGGUGAUGGGCAAAAUACAUUGUUUUAAAAAGAGUAUGUAAAUUUCAGCAACUCGCAACACAUGCUGACACAACACAAGGUGUUAACAAACGUGUUUCCCUGGUCCGGCAGAUGAGUUAUUCAUAAUUAUGAAUUAUUCAUUCAUUUUAAGAGUGAAACUCCAGAAGAAGAAAGCCAUGUGAAUGGAGAGUGUGCGGCUACAGAAAGUAAGAGGAGAAAGCCAUGUGAUGUUAAGAUGUUUCUUUGUUCUUAAUUUAUUGUCUCAACCAAUUGUGUACAGCAAAUAAUUUAAAGAAUUACAUCUUGUUUUUGCAUAAAAGAAAAAAAAUGUAUGAUUUGUAAAUUAAAGAGCAUGUACAGUAGUUGGGGGUGCUUUCACGUGCGAGUUAUUUUAGUUUUGAUUUUUAUCUUUUGGUUAUGAAAUGUAGCAUCAAGUCAUAUAAAUGCGCUGUUCUUUUCAAACAGCUUUAAUAUUUUCAUAUUGUGGGUAGCCUCCAUGCUCGGGAGGGAGAAGCAAAAGCAGGUGAUGUGUGAGGCCAGAGAGGUUCUUGUGGACAUUUUCCCGUUGCUGUUUUUCUAUAUGGUGUCACUCUGACGCAACAUGAAAUCAAGGCAUCAUUUGUCUGCAUAGCAAUAACAGAAAACACAGGAGUUUUUGCAAAGGUUGGUCUGUCUCUCACUGUUUGGUUUGCAACUAUGCUGCAAAUUCUGUAAAGGAUUGCAAUUCAAAUAAAAGUCCAAAUCCUUGUUUUUGUUUUA